AUGGUCCGGUCGUUGAAGAGCGUCAGGAGAACCGGGAUGUCGGCGCACGGAGAUAACGUGACGAUUGGCUCGUCUCCGUAUUAUUUUCGCCACACCACCAGAGAAUCAUCGGCAAGGCCGCAGGAUGAUUCUGUCACACAGAAACAAAAUGUGGACGACAAGCCUCCGGUAAUUUUAACGAUCGGGUCGUCCAAGGGAAGAUGCAAGUACUGUGUUUACAGCCUCGCUGGGAUGCUGGCCAUCUUAUUGUGCUUGGUAAUCGGCGGGAUGCUGUUCCCAUAUCCUCUGCAUGCCUCCUGCAUUGUUAAAUGGAAGUUUGACGAUCCAUGCGCGUAUGUGAUGCAGAAAUUCCGACGCCAGAUAACGAAUUGGUCUUCUUGGAACGCUUGUCGACAACGCAGCGGCGCUUGUCUAUAUACGCUUAAGAUACCUGUGGAGAAUAACAUAAUCAGAGCGACGCAUAAGACGUCGAAUCUGAAGUCACUUGAGAGGAUCGAGAUCAUCUUCGAGGAGAUGAACAACACAUGCCUUGCUAAGGCCGAUUCUGUUUCAAACGAAUGGUUCAUGAUAUUCGAUUACGGCGCGAAUUACUGCAAUCUGCACAAUUUGGUAGUGGGAGCCGGUCUCGACAGACACGCGAAAUUUCUGGAGCUGACGAAUGAUGCUGUGUGCACGCAAUUCAAUAUGGCAGUCUGUUGAUGAAACAAGCCACGCCACUUACUUGUGAUUUUUCAAACAUUUAUAUAAUAAUAGACGAUUUUUGGCGAUCGUUUGAUAUGGUUUGGUACAUAUACCAAAGUUGCUAUCCGUGGCUGAUAUUGGUUCUGGUGCAGUUUGGUACCCUUUGAUUGCUUAUACCAGAGUCACGCCAAAAAUUGCCUAAUGUAAAUUUAUGAAUACACGUAUACAUGUGUAUAUAUAGAUAUCAAUUUAUUUCAAAAUUUAUAUGUA